AUGCCCGCAGACCGUACCACUGCGAUCCUUUCUGACACCCAGAGCUAUUAUCAGCAGCAGUCGGUGGUCGAUCAGAAACAGGUUCCAGGAACAUGUACCACCACACGGUACAGCAGCGUGCGGAGAGCAAACAUUUUCAAUGUUGUCGAGGAAUCGUCAAGGAAGCGAGCCAUUUUCUACAACAUCCAGACUCACAGUCUCGAUUCGACUCCUUCCACCAACCACUAUUCCCAACCGCGCCACGAACCGAAAUCGAAUAUGCACGCGACGAGGAGUAGCCACUGUUUCGGCGUCUUCUUCAUCUUCCUCGCCGCCCUCCUCCUCAUCGUCGCAACCCUCACGGCCCCCGUCGUGGACGACUUGAGUCUCUUCAACUUGAUACAGCACAGAGGCCAGGAAGACGAGGAGGUGACAGUGGUCGGGUUCGGGACGUUUGGGUUUUGUACUUUUUCUGAAGAAGGCAACACAUGCCAGCCCGUCUCGAUCGGAUGUGAUGUUUUCGCCGCGGUGGACUUCUUGAUUGAUGGGCCUUUCGACGGUGAGAAGUGUGGCACGGCUGAGAGUUUGACACAUGCCAUGGUCAUGCACCCAAUCGCCAGCGCGGUAGCCUUCAUCGCAGCCUUCAUGUCCAUGGCAGCAGGCUUUGCUGGGUCACUCAUCGGCGGCAUCACAGCCGUGCUCGCUUGGGUCUUCGUCAUGGUGGCAAUGGCCAUCGACUUUACAGUUCGGGGGAUCGUGAAGAAGAGGUUGGAUGAUCAUGGCCAGAACAGCGAUAUGGAGGGCCAGUCCGGUCCAGUGAUGUGGUGUGUUGUGGCUGCUUUUGUCUUCCUCACUGUAUGCAUACCGAUCGUGCUCUACACUUAUUUUGUAGUCAGGAGGGCAGAGAAGCGAAGAGUUGCGCCAGCACACUCGUACGGUCGUGGUUCUGCGGCGAGUGCUACGACUGCGGAGGACAAGGACAUCUAUCGACCGUGA